ACAUGCGAUGGCGAAUUUCUAGCACUGUCCCGCGUCCUAACAGAUUGUACAGUUUUAAUGUUAUUAUAAAUAUAUUUUAAUCUAUGAGUUUCUGAACAUAAUGGAGACUUUUUAGAUUGUACAUUACAAUUUAUAAAAUUGUAUAGUCUUUUGUCCUUUUUUCUGUCAAGUGAAUAUUCUGGUAGAAAGUUGAUAGUUUUUGAAAUACCAAAGUACGUCACAAAGUGAACUCGUUUGCGGGUAACGCGUUUUCCAGUAUGGAGAACAUGGCUGGCACCUAUCUGACCGGUAGUAGUCAAGGUUCAGGAUCUUGCAUGAUGACCAGCACUCCCGUUGGAUCGUCCAUAUACAAUUCUUUACAUCAUUCAAGUCUUGGAAUCAACAGAAAUCUUCUCCAUCAGUUCUCGCAGUACAGUUAUCCAAGUUCUUCCUUUUUAGGUGUUGAUCUACAGUCCUUGACAUGUCCACGAACACCGGUCAAGGUCAACGAUUCCACGGGAACGCUGGGAAGCGUCUCGCCUCGGUCUGAUGAUUCAAACCCGAGCCACGAGGAAAUCUCCGAGAGCCCAACCAAAGACAUUAAAUUACAGUUGAGCUCGAACGGAACUGACGGAGAUACGUCAGCAGACGACACGGCAGACGACCAGAGCAAAGUGUAUUCCGGGACCUCCACCUUGAGCCAGCAGACGAGAAAGUUUGCAGACGUGAAGCCCCCGUACUCUUACAUCGCACUCAUCACCAUGGCGAUCGAGAGUUCUCCUUCCGGCAUGAUGACCCUGAACGAGAUCUACGGAUACAUCAUGGACAAAUUUCCAUACUUCAAACAGAAUCAGCAGCGCUGGCAAAACUCCAUACGCCACAAUCUUUCCCUCAACGACUGCUUCAUUAAAAUUUCUCGCGCCCCCGGGCGCCCCGGUAAGGGCAACUAUUGGGCGCUUCAUCCUAAUUGCGGUGACAUGUUUGGAAAUGGAAGCUUUCUGAGACGUGCCAAAAGAUUCAAACUGGCUAAAGGCAAAGGCGGUCAGUACCCAAAUUACAGCCCCUACGGUCAGUUUAACUUUCACUCCAGCCACCCAGCAGCAUACAAGCCUUAUCCGUCUUUCGCACCGCUGUCCUAUGGUCAUCUUUCACACGGAUUAUCAUCCACUCAUAAUUCACUGGGUAACAAGACACCUGAAUGGAGUCCGGCAAACGGUUAUGGACCUUACUACGGACAGACGUUAGGGACGCCGCACAGCUUAUCACCUCAUUCACAGGCGUCGCCCACAACUGGAAGUUCUCCCUUUCAGUCUGACCUCACGCUCAACCAGUAUAACCUACCCUCGUUUGGCCCAAUGUACUCUGCCUCUUCGCCUCACCAAAGCGCCGCCGCUGCUCUUCAGACAUUAACUGCUAACAUUCCAACUUCAUACAGUAACGGAAGUAGUAACAGCGCGUCGCCCAACAUGGGCGGACCCCAUUUCUCCUAUCCGCCCAUGACGGGGUCUCAAAUGCCCAACUCUUAUCACUUCCCGUCGGCCAUGACAUCACACAUGCAGCCCAACUACAUGGGCGUCCCCGGAAGUUAUCCUUCAGUCUCUCAAAGUGCCUACUCCUGUGCUCAGUAUGCCAACCAACUAAGAACAUAAUGCAUCGCCGCUCCUGGCUCUUCACUAUUUGUUACCCCAUUUACCAAAAAAAAAAACGGUAUUGACGUUUGUGAAAGUAUACAUUUACCUAACGGUAUUUCCAGAACUGUGUUAAUUUGGCCAAAAUAUUCAUUUAUUUAAGACAGGCGAUAGAUUACGAGUUGGCAGCAAAUAUUUUUGUUAUAUUUUGAAUAAUUUAUAUUGAAGCUUAUUUUAUUUAUCAUUCUAUUUGUUUUGCGUUCCAUGUUUCGAGGUGUUCAAAAUGUCAGAAAUCAUUUUCUUCGAAGUUUUAAACCAAUUUCUACAUUCGACCGUGAUAUAGACCUACAUUUGAUUUAUAUAAAUCUUUAUCUACAUUUGAUCUUGAUAUAGAUCUUUAUCAACAUUUGAUCUUGAUAUAGAUCUAGAUCUACGUUUGAUCUUGAUAUAGAUCUAGAUCUACGUUUGAUCUUGAUAUAGAUCUAGAUCUACGUUUGAUCUUGAUAUAGAUCUAGAUCUACACUUGAUCUUGAUAUAGAUCUAGAUCUACAUUUGAUCUUGAUAUAGAUCUAGAUCUACAUUUGAUCUUGAUAUAGAUCUAGAUCUACACUUGAUCUUGAUAUAGAUCUAGAUCUACACUUGAUCUUGAUAUAGAUCUAGAUCUACAUUUUAUCUUGAUAUAGAUCUAGAUCUACAUUUGAUCCUGAUAUAAAUCUAGAUCUACAUUUGAUCUUGAUAUAGAUCUAGAUCUACAAUUGAUCUUGAUAUAGAUCUAGAUCUACAUUUGAUCUUGAUAUAGAUCUAGAUCUACAUUUUAUCUUGAUCUAGAUCUACAUUUUAUGUUGAUAUCUCUAAUGAAAUCUAAGUUUUAGAAAAAUAAAGCGCUAAAUUUGGUUUAAAAAUAAAUGUAUUAGACUUAAGUUACAUGCAUAGCGCUGAUGGCCGCAUGGCUAUAGUAUCGACUGAUAUGCCUACAAAGAUUGUUUUCUAAACCUAGUUCACAUUAAUUGUCCACUGGUUUUGAGCACCUUCAAACUUCAUUCACAAUCCCAUCAAUGACGUCAGAAAUGAACAGCUCUCGUUCUGCUCUCAUCUCGUGUCAGCGAUACACAAUGAAAGUCGUCUAGACUUGUGACACGCAGACAGGACGGCUUUCCAGGGCUUCACUUGUGACGUUAUUUUAAGCGUUCUCCCUCGCCUUUCUUAAAUGACUUUGUUGUUAUUGUUUAAAAAAACUAAUUUUUACUAACUCUUAGGAGUUUUAAUAUUUUAUGUAUUGUACAAUUUUUAAUCCUAACCCUAACCUAAUACACACCGAUAAAUGUGAGAUAACAUCUGUUAUAUUAUUUAAGUUUUACAAAUUUGAAUUGUUUUAGGAUCAUCUUUACACAAUAUUUUUAAAAUGAUUUUUUUUUUUGUUUCUACUAGAUCUAAAUUUGAUUUGUUCGUUUGCUAGAAGUCAGAUGUAAAUCUCACACUUAUGACUAGAUGAUUGUGUAACCAAAAUGAUUGUAAUUAAAUCCAUUCUAAAUGGAGUUUUUUUUUGUCAAGCAAUAAAAUAUAAGGAUUAAGAUUGUUUUAUAUGUUAGACGAGUAUCAGCUUUACAAAUAUCAUGAAGUUCUCAAAAUAGCAGAUAAACUUACCAUUAGAAUAUUCUUAAAAAAAGGGAAUUAACUCAAAGUUGUUCACAACUAUAUUUAUUUUACCUCCCAUUUAGAGACUUUAUUGUUAAUUUGCCAUGAAAGGAAUAGUGCUUGAAAGCUUUUUUCUAAGUUUUCUAGUAAAUUUACUAAAUUAAAAAACAAAUAUUGGUGCGCCUUAACGUCACUGACACUGGUGUAGAAAAAUUGUUUCAGAUCUGUUCGUCCAUUCCUGUUUGAAAUAGAAAAUUACCCAUAAUUAUCUAAAUACUGGCUUUCCCCCAUAAGUGGUUUCAUAUAAUUGAUGGCCUAAAUUAUUUGUUUAAAACGGCCCAAAACUUAAUUUACGAAAUGGGGGGCUCUAAAUUAUUAGCUUAAAACUGAUGGCCCAGAGAACCUGAAUGGGAACUUGUUAUUUGUUGGCCUCGUCAUGCUUUUAAUUCCUGUAUUGUAUGUACGGUAAACUCAAAUAACAUCUACGAUUGUCCAUCCAACUAUUGUACAACAUAUAAUGGAUUUAAAUAAAAGUUUUAUUGUACACUGAAA